AGCUCAUCAUCGCGAGACUUAAGGAGCAACCUGUCUUUCUUUGCGACUUCUCGCGAGAGACAAACUGCACUGCCCGAAUCCAGCUGGUACGUCUAAAAGAGUUUUUCUUGGUUAAGUUACAAGGUCAGGAAAACUCUGGGCCCUGACAUCCAGCUGCCCAUCAGCUCUGUAGCAGUGAGUUGAGGUCCGACCAUCCAUCCAGCCAGCCAGCCGCCAGCCGGUCAACCAGCCAGCCAGUCACCAUGGGGAACAUCUUUGGCAACCUGCUGAAGAGCCUGUUAGGGAAGAAGGAGAUGAGGAUCCUGAUGGUGGGGCUGGACGCUGCAGGGAAGACCACCAUCCUAUACAAACUGAAGCUGGGAGAGAUAGUCACCACCAUCCCCACUAUCGGGUUUAACGUGGAGACGGUUGAGUAUAAGAACAUCAGUUUCACGGUGUGGGACGUGGGUGGCCAGGACAAGAUCAGGCCUCUGUGGAGACACUACUUCCAGAACACACAGGGUUUGAUCUUUGUGGUGGAUAGUAACGACCGUGAGCGGGUGAACGAGGCUCGGGAGGAGCUGAUGAGGAUGCUGGCUGAGGACGAGCUACGAGACGCCGUGCUUCUCAUCUUCGCUAAUAAACAGGACCUGCCCAAUGCCAUGAACGCAGCAGAGAUCACAGACAAGCUGGGGCUCCACUCCCUACGUCACCGCAACUGGUACAUACAGGCCACCUGCGCCACCAGCGGAGACGGUCUAUACGAGGGCCUCGACUGGCUGGCCAAUCAGCUGAAGAACAAGAAGUGAGUGGACCAUUCAGAGGAGAGUGAAGAGAAACCUUAGUGUCAGCUCUUGAAACAGGAAGUGGUAGUUGGUUGUAGUUGAUCCAUUAAGUGAAAAAUCCUGACAUGGUGGAAGUGAAAUGUGAUUGGUAUGUACUGUAGGAAGGAGGCUUAAACUGUACCAUUCCUUGAGGACAUUUUCAACCUGAUGUCAAUUAUUAAAAACAGUUAUCACCUUUCAGACAUGUGCCAUCAAUGUCAAUACAUGACAUUUCAUACACAAUUAUUAACCACCUAUUAAUAAGCAUCCCGUUUUUAGAAACACUAUUUAUUAAUUAAUUAAUUAAUACAUUAUUUAUUAAUUUAUGUAAUUUCACUUAUACAUCAGAGUGGAUACUAGCAAUGUUAGUUGGUUUUGGAACACAGUAUUAUGCAUGGCCAUACAGUAAAAGAUCUCUCGGAAAUGAAGUUUGGAAUUGUAUCUGUCUAAUGUUAUCUAUUUAGCCAGUCUUCUGACAGUAUUCUCCUUUUACACUAAAAUUGCUACUGCUGGUUGGAGCAAUGCAGUAAUGGUAGAUAUUAAUGGACAGUGACAUAGGUUUGUGUAAAACACAUCCAAUAUGCAAGAGCAUGCUUUUUCUAUGUCAACUGUAUAUUACACAUUUUACUUAACAAGUACAAACAUAUACCUAAAAAAAUAUACCUGAAAUAUACCUGACGGAAUCAUCGUGGUUGAUAUGUUCAAUUGUAGUUAUCAGGAUUUGUGUAUGGACUGAUGUAUAUCGAUAUAAAGAUGGAAUCCGCAUUAGGGGAUAGAGCGCCACUGUUCCCCCCCAGCGCCUUUGUUAUUGUUUUGGUUUUGUUGACUAAAUGUAGGUGAGGAGAACCCAAACAGAGGUGAACAACUUGGUAAAAAAAAAAAGUGUAGUACAUUUUCUUCUGUUCUAUCGUGUGUGCAAUGCUGUCAGGGGGGGGGGGGGGCAGUGUUCAUUGUUUGCAGUAACUUCUUUGUUGUUGUAAUAUCCCAAAUGGACUCAAAGGAUUCCAGCUUUAACAUUACAGCUUGUGUAUUACAUUUCCCACAUUGAGUUUAGUUUGGUGCAGCAGUUGUUUUUGUGGCCUUAUUAUCGCUAGUGUUGAAAAUCCUUUAUUCUGAUGAUGGUUUUGUGUGUAAAGUUUAACAUCAAGUGGGACCACAGUUGUGGCAAAAUGUAUCAAUUCACGUCUUGAUUUUUCCCUCCUUUAACUCAGUUGAGUCUGUGCAAGAUAUAAAAAAAAGUCAUGUUAUAUUACUGUAACAAUGUAAUUACUCAACAUUCCAGUUAAUAAUGUGUAUUCAAAAUAAUUGAAACAGGGUUUAUUUAUUGAUGUUACCAGACAAAAAAAAGUUUGACGAUUAAAUCCUAGUUAAGAGUACAUAGGUAUUGAUGAGGAUGUGUCCUUAAGAGUACAUAGGUAUUGAUGAGGAUGUGUCCUUAAGAGUACAUAUGUAUUGAUGAGGAUGUGUCCAGUGAUACCUGUUAACUGCACUGGUAAGUCAAUAAAAAAUACCUACAUUCUUUCA